CAAAAAAAAAAAACAAACAUUGAGAAAAAAAAGCAAAUACAUUCCAAUGAAAAUUUUGUAACUUGAUUGGAGCGCGGCGAUAUUCCUAAACAUUGCAAAUAUUAGCGCAAACUCAAAUACAACCGGAAACCUAAAUAAGUUUGUACGUGUGUAAUUAAAUAAUUUUACGCGUUAUAUACGCAUACAAAUAUACAUACGAAAUUAAACCAAGUAUUACCAAAUCACGCUAACUCUACGUAAACGGGUGUGAUAUGAACGUACAGUAUCAUAGAUAAUACAUAUAUCUAGAUAUAUGUAUGUAUUUAUGUAAGUAAAUAGUGGUGCGACUAUGUUCAUACAUAAAUGCAUACGCGUAUAAACAGUAAACGUCAAUUGUAAUUGAAACUCAAAAACAGUGAAGUUUUAAGUAUGAGAUAUGUGUAUUCACAGCAAAAGAAACAUCAACAUGAUUAGACAAAAAUAUUUUGGUGGAAAGUAACUAAGCCCAUAUUGAUCGGCAAAUAAUAGGAAAGUCAAUGCAGUAUUUGUGGGAUAAAGAGAAAGUGUAUGUACGCAUGAACUUUGAAAUGGAAAAUAUACAUAAAUCAUAAAUAUACAAAAAUCAAUAUAAAUAAACCAAAGACAUAAGUUAAUGCACAGAAAAACAUUCAAAGAUGAUCAAUAGAUUACUGAAAUAACCAAGAUAAACCAGCAACAGUAAACAAGCACACAGUUUUGGAGCGAAUCAAAUGUAAAUUGGAGUGAUAACAGCAGAAACUCCAUUCAAAAAAAAAAUAAAUAAAUAAAAACAUUACGAAGUGGAACAUUUGUUGUAUACACAUGCUGUUAUCAGCCGUUUAUAUUUCGAAUUUAAGCUGCAAGCUGGUUUUCGUGAACCAUAUUUGUAGUUUUCCAUUUGCAAGAACAGGUGCAGCAAUUAAACCCGAUACCCUAAAAUAAAAUAAAAAACACAGCUUCUUUUGUAAUAUACGAUAGAGCAGAUCACUUAUGAACUCAAGUUAAAUUGUCCGCCUGAGAUUUUUGUGCGCAAAUCGAAAUACUCUUGCAACGAGCAAACUCAUUAUGGUUCAAGGAACACUGUGCGAACAUAAAACAAAUACAAACGCAUGGCAAACAGUGAGCUAUAGUAAAAAACCGCAAACGAAAAAUCACUUUAAAGCAAAAGGUGGAGGUGGUGGUAGUAUCGAUAAGUCAAAUGUACAAAUUAAAAAUACAUUGAACAAAAAUUCGUUAGUAAAACCGAAAUCGCAAACUACAACAUCGCUUUUGAAAGCGGCAGCGAAUAAUCAAAACAUCUCAAGGACGAAAACGUCAACAACUCAAAAGCUGAAUUUGGCACAAUCAAAUAAUGCCAUAGUGAAGCAGAAAAUAGCACCCACUGUUGACAAAACAAAAAGAACGAUAGCUGCAGUUGGCAGCAUACCAACUCAGCAGCAACAACAAACACUGCGUAAUCGACAGCAGCAGCAGCAACAACAGCAACACGUUCAGCGGCAGCAAUCGCCCUUGUUGUAUGUUCGUCGCCGGCGAGUAAAUCACGAAAUCAGACAAAUUAAACGUGCUCACCGCCACCUAUUGACAAGUGGCGGGUGCGACUGGCAGCACCGCCAAGCGACCGAUAGUACUGGUACUGGUGUGGCAACCUUACGCAAGCAAGACGUCAAGUGUCAAACGAAGGCCAAUAACAACUGUAGUCAUUCGAACAGCUGUCGCUGUACAGCGACAAAGAAGAAACAGCAAAAGUGUCAUCCAUCGCAACAACAAAAGCAACAGAAGAGAAAAUUGCAAAAUUUAGUGAAAAAUGCCCACAGUGGCGGAGGAGCAUGUACUAAUAACAGUGGUAAAUCAAAGCAGGAGAAAGGUAAACAACAAAUUGGCAUUGAACGUGUUGGUACUGUGAAAUCGAAAGAAUCCUAUGCAGAAUCUGUUAUCUCCUCGCGUUGGGAUUCGAUCGAAGAACAAUUAAACUAUCUGGAUAAAUUACUGUAUUUCUGUGAGGACGAAGAGGAUGCCUGUUGUGCAUGGAAUUGUAAUAUAAACAAAGCUUACGAUUGCAGUAGUGAAAGAGCAAAAUCAGAGGAAAUUUAUUACGAAGGUGACGUCGACGACGACUACGAGAGUGACUGGAGUACUGAUUGGAGCCAAUCAGAUAUGUCAACUACAGAUAAGAGUGUAGAUGAUGCAGACAUGCAAUCCACAACAAGUGGUGCAGGAUCUGCAUCCACAACUACGUCACCUGUUGUUCCUACCUCACAUAGACGACGCGGUCAUCAGCAUCAUCCCCGUUUUUUGGGCACACGCCGUCCAAAUAUUCCAAAUGUUCAAGAAAUACUUGCUGCAUUAUAUCGAGGUGAUUCACAAAGUGUUCUCACCAACUUACGUCAAGCCACUCAGGCAGUACAAGAAGACAGCCCCUUGUCCGUAGGUGGCGGAAGCGAUGUAGAAACAGUAUCUUCCACAAUGGGAGAUUCACAAUAUACGGAUGAACCAGAUGAAGACUUGGAAUUACAGCUUUCAAAAACAUCAAUGCUAAACUUGCCUCUAACCGACUCAGUAACCACGUCGAUGGGCAGCAACAGUCCAACUCCUACGGAUGAAAGCAGUAUGGUUGAUGAAGGCGUGGUAAGCGCACAAACGCCCACCAGCAAUACUCCGAAAUCACAAAAAAGCAAAUCUAAACGUGAUAAAAGUGAAAAACUUGAUCGUUCAGAAAAAAAGAAAAGGGCAAAGAAGGAUAAAAGUAAACGUGCAUCAGUUUGUUCCGAUGCAGAUGGUAAUAUAGUUAGUUCAGGCGAAGCGCACACAGCGGCAGAUGAAGGUAUCGCCAUUGAUGAUGAGGAUGUACAAGCAGCUGAGUGGGCGAAGUUACGUUGUACCAGCGAAGCAGCGGAAAUUGUUGCAGAGCGUGAGGCGCGUCGAAAUAAAGGUCGUUGCGCCGACUAUCCUGGACUUGCUUUUGGUCGUUCCAUAUUCAGCUCUGAUACCAUGAUGAAGUUCAAUAUCAUACGUAACGAAUUGCAUAACAUCAUGAAAACGCAGCUUAAACGGGCCGAAUCAGAGGUAGCUGCAUUGAAUCGUCGCAUUCAAUUGCUCGAAGAAGACUUGGAACGUUCAGAAGAACGUUUGGGAUCAGCCACAGCCAAGCUUUCGGAAGCUUCCCAAGCUGCCGAUGAGAGCGAACGGAUACGAAAAGCUCUUGAAAAUCGUACAAAUUUGGAAGAUGACAGAGUAGCUAUUUUGGAAACUCAAUUAGUCCAGGCAAAAUUAAUUGCCGAAGAGGCCGAUAAAAAAUAUGAAGAGGUUGCCAGAAAGUUGGUCCUCAUGGAACAGGAUUUGGAACGUUCCGAGGAAAAAGUUGAACUUAGCGAAAGCAAAAUUGUGGAGCUUGAGGAAGAACUCCGCGUUGUUGGCAACAACUUGAAAUCCCUGGAAGUAUCAGAGGAAAAGGCCACGCAAAAAGAGGAAACUUUCGAGAGUCAAAUCAGACUUUUGGAUCAUCAGUUGAGAGAGGCUGAAGCUCGUGCUGAAUUCGCUGAACGUUCCGUUCAAAAAUUGCAGAAGGAAGUCGACAGGCUCGAAGAUGAUUUAAUUGUUGAGAAGGAGCGUUAUUGUCUUAUCGGCGACAGUCUUGAUUUGGCGUUCAUGGAUUUGAUACCAGGACUUGAACCAUUCUGGACACCACGUAAUCCCAAACCGCCAACACCUAAACUGCCAACGCCGACACCCGAGGAAAUUGCCGCGGCCGAAGCUGCCAAAGCUGAGGCAGAAGCAGCAGCGGCUGCAGAAGCGGCGGCAGCGGAAGCAGGAGCCAACGCACCCGAAGGUGAAGAGGGUGCAGCAAGAAGAGCUUCUGGUGCGCCUCCAGCUGAGGGUGCACCAGCAGAAGCUGAACCAGUUAAAGAACCAACACCACCACCGCCACCACCACCACCGUUUGAGUACUCCAUUGAUUUGCCACCAGAAGGUGCGGAAGUGCCAUUCGUUAAGAAUUACGAACCACCACCACCAGGCGCAGAACCAACCGAGGGCGAAGCUGCUCCUCCAGCUGAGGGUGCUGCACCAGCGGAAGGGGCUCCAGCAGCACCAGAAGGUGGUGCACCGUCUGCAGAAAGUGCACCAGCUGUAUCUGCAGAAGGUGCACCGCCAGCAGCAGCUGCACCACCACCACCACCAGCUGAAGGUGCACCAGCAGAUGCGGCCGCUCCCGCACCAACUGCCGAAGCGGCUGCUGAGGGUGCACAACCCGCGGAAGCUGCACCUGCUGCAGAGACAGCUCCCGCUGCAGAAGUAGCACCCACUGCAGAGGCAACUCCAGCUGCAGAAGCUGCGCCAGCCCCAGAAGCAGCUCCAGCGCCGCCAGCAGAUGCAGCGCCACCCGCAGAGGCUGCCCCAGCUCCUGAAGCCGCACCAGAACCUGCGCCCACCGCUUAAUUUUUAAUCAUAAAAAACUAAAAAACCCAAAUUAACCCAUAAGCACCUGGUGUGCAGGGCGCGAACCUCUUCUUUGGGCGUGACAAUGUCAUAGGCGUUAAACACAGCCGCUACCAAAAGCUGCCAGUUUUAGUUGUUUGCAUGAACGCGUUUAGUUUAGAGGAUCCAUAAUUAUUUACACACAUACAAUUCUUUGAAUACCUACCUAUUUAAGUUAAAACUAUGCAUUUGUUAUGUUUUUUCCUAAUUUAUUAAUAAUAAAAAUCUAAAAAAAAUAAACUCUUUUGAGCCAAUGUUAGGUAUUGCAUUGCUAUGAACGGAGUGUUUUUGUCUUUGCUUCCUUCAUAUUUAAUGCUAACAACGAUUUGCCACGCUUGAUUCAAUUAUAUUUUUGUUUCGAGAAAACGCUAUUUAAAUAAUAUAAGAGUAAACACCGCAAAAUGACGCGGCAGCCGCACUAACAAUUCAACAUGUCGCUAAGCCAAUAUGCAAAUGAAGUUGCUUUUGAACAUUGCGCCGUCUAAUGAAGCACGAAAGACGACCUUGUCUCGGAGAAGGAACGCUACAAGGAUAUUGGAGACGAUCUCGAUACCGCCUUCGUCGAGCUCAUCC